AUGGACCCUCACCUUCUCGAGAGGGCAUUGGAAGAAUGUGGUGACGAUAUUGAUGCGGCCAUCAAGAGGCUGCAUGAGCUUUGCCUAGGAUCCGAGGAGGAGACUUCCGCAUCUGUAGAUCUUGAACAACCAGCUGAUACUAUAGUUAACGGUGUAUUGGCUAAAGAUGAAGUUGCAGCCACUAUGGAUAAUCCAAGCAACUUGCCUGCAGAUGGUGCGGAAUGGGUUGAAUUGUUUAUAAGGGAAAUGAUGAGUGCCAUUAGCGUGGAUGAUGCUAGGUCUCGUGCUGCUAAAUUUCUACAGGAUUUAGAAAAAUCAAUCAGUGCACGCUCUGGUGCUGAGGUAGCCAAAAGUUUCGAAAAGGAAAAUAUGAUGAUGAAACAACAUAUUGAAGGACUGGUGCAGGAGAAUACUAUCCUGAAACGGGCUGUGGCUAUCCAGCACGAACGUUUGAAAGAAUAUGAAGAGAGGAACCGGGAAUUCCAGCAUGUGAAGCAGCUUGUGUCCCAAUAUCAGGAGCAGUGUAGAACGCUAGAGGUGAACAACUAUGCCUUGACAAUGCAUCUAAAGCAGGCUGAGCAAAGCAACAACUCCAUCCCUGGACAUUUGAAUCCUCAUAUCUUCUAA